AUGGGCAACGCAGCACGCUUACGCUUCCUUCUGCUGCAGAUCUUCGCUGCGGCAUGGGCCGUCGAAGAGAUGCCUCAUCCCCUGACUUCCAAUCAACGCGGUUCUGAGGAAGGUAGCCAAUUCCCCUCGUCACCGACAACAUCAGCGGACCUCUUGCCUGGCGCAACGUUCGUCUGGCAACGGACUGGAACGUUAUCUUGUGACAUCAGCCUACAAAAGGAGCAACCGCCCACUUCUCGGACGGGGUUCGGUGCCGGCAUGGGCAACGCAGCACGCAUACGCUUCCUUCUGCUGCAGGUUAGUCCUCUUUAUUUAGAAGUUGCUCGUUAUUCCUCGAAACGCCAGCCGGCAUCGUUCCCCAGUGUCCUUGUAAACUUGUGUUCCUGGUGUCGCAAUUUUCUGUCAAAUCCUUGUGCUACUCUUCUAGAAUUUACAUUGAUCCUCUCCGGCGACGUUGAACUUAACUCCGGGCCCCUUACGGACGCCCAAAUCCAGAAAUUGCUGAAGGCAGUUGACCUACUACCAAAACUGGAUAAAGGACAGGAAACUCUAAUAAACGAUGUGGCAGAAAUAAACCGGAAUCAGGUUCGACUCGACAAAAAAAUCGAAGCCCUGAGUAAGAAAUUCACUGCGAUGGAAGCGGAAAUAGCUUUGUUAAAAAGCUUCAAAGAUGAUAUGCAGGAAAUCGGUGCCCUCUCAACCAGUCAAUCAGCGCAAGUUGCUGCGGUCUCCUCUAGACAGGAUGACACCGAAAACAGAUCAAGAAGAAACAAUUUAUUAUUUUACGGAAUCAAUGACGAACCUAGCGAAACGUGGUCCCGUUCUGAAUUAAAGGUAAUUGAGUUCUGUCAAAAAAAUCUAGAGGUGACCGUGGCAGGGAACGACAUCGAACGUGCUCACAGACCAGGCCGCUCAAAUUCAGAAAAGCCAAGACCAAGUAUUGUUAAUUUUCUAUCCUUCAAAGUCAAGCAGCACGUUCUAUCCCAAGGAUUCAAACUAAAAAACAGUGGCUUCUCAGUCGGCGAAGAUUUUUCGGACAAGAUUAGAUUUGAACGCAAACAGCUGUUGGAGCAUGGAAAAUCACAGGAAAUGCCAUAUAAGCUACGUUUCAAUAAGCUCAGUAUUGAAGGGGUAGACUAUUUUUAUGAUAGCGCUGAAGGAUGCGUAAAAGCAAAAAAGCCUAGCAGCUACCGUAUCAGGCUCGGCAUAAGAUAA